CCACUUUAUUGGCACUAUUAUCUCGAAGAUAACUUCCUUACGAAUCAAGAAGAUUUACUACUUAGUUUACAUGACAACAGUUAUAGUCACGCAGAUAUUGUUAUCUAUUAUGCAUAGUGUGUUUUAUUUUACCUUUGAAAAAUCAACGCGUAUAUUUCUUUGGCACACUAAUAUCAAACCACCACAACAACAAUAUCAUGCCCAUUCUCUCUCGCCUCUCUUUAUAUAAACAACACUCCCAAAAGUAUUCACCAAUCCAUAUCCAUUCUCACCUUCCAAAUCUCCCCACUCUCUCUCUCUCUCUCUCUCUCUCUCUCUCUCUCUCUCUCUCUAUCUCUCUCUAUCUCUCUCUAUCUUCUCUUUUCUCCUCUCUCCAACUUCUUCACUAAUGGGAGCUCAGGAGAAACGGCGCCGUUUCGAGCAGAUAUCAAAGUGCGAUGUUAAGGACCGGUCCAACCAUACCGUGGCCGCUGAUCUAGACGGAACACUACUAAUCUCUCGUAGCGCCUUCCCUUACUAUUUCCUCGUAGCCCUCGAGGCAGGGAGCUUGCUCCGAGCGUUGAUCCUACUUGUGUCCGUACCAUUCGUUUAUCUUACGUACUUGACCAUCUCCGAGACUUUAGCCAUCAACGUAUUUGUCUUCAUCACGUUCGCGGGUCUCAAGAUCCGAGACGUUGAGCUAGUGGUCCGUUCCGUCCUCCCGAGGUUCUAUGCGGAGGACGUGAGGCCCGAUACCUGGCGUAUCUUCAACACGUUCGGGAAACGGUACAUAAUAACUGCGAGCCCUCGAAUUAUGGUCGAGCCAUUCGUGAAAACAUUCCUAGGAGUUGAUAAAGUUCUUGGAACAGAGCUAGAGGUCUCCAAAUCGGGUCGGGCAACCGGGUUCACCAGAAAACCAGGUAUUCUCGUCGGUCAGUACAAACGUGACGUCGUUUUGAGAGAGUUUGGUGGCCUAGCGUCUGAUUUACCUGAUUUGGGGCUCGGCGAUAGCAAGACGGACCACGACUUCAUGUCCAUCUGCAAGGAAGGUUACAUGGUGCCACGUACGAAAUGCGAACCAUUACCAAGAAACAAACUCUUAAGCCCCAUAAUAUUCCACGAGGGCAGAUUAGUCCAACGCCCAACGCCGUUAGUUGCUCUGUUAACUUUCCUCUGGCUUCCCGUCGGUUUCGUCCUCUCUAUCAUCCGCGUCUACACGAAUAUUCCGUUACCGGAACGUAUCGCCCGUUACAACUACAAGCUUACUGGCAUCAAGCUAGUCGUCAACGGCCACCCUCCUCCGCCGCCAAAACCUGGCCAGCCAGGCCAUCUUUUGGUCUGCAACCACCGCACCGUUCUCGAUCCUGUGGUCACAGCUGUCGCACUCGGCCGGAAAAUCAGCUGCGUCACUUACAGCAUCAGCAAGUUCUCUGAGCUAAUCUCACCAAUCAAAGCCGUUGCGUUGACUCGUCAACGUGAGAAAGACGCAGCGAACAUCAAGCGUCUUUUGGAGGAAGGCGAUCUCGUGAUAUGUCCCGAGGGAACCACGUGCCGUGAGCCUUUCCUUCUCCGGUUUAGUGCUCUUUUCGCUGAGCUCACGGACCGGAUCGUUCCCGUGGCGAUCAACACAAAGCAGAGCAUGUUCAAUGGUACCACCACACGUGGAUACAAGCUUCUUGAUCCUUACUUUGCGUUCAUGAACCCGAGGCCGACGUAUGAGAUCACGUUCCUCAAACAGAUUCCAGCUGAGCUGACGUGUAAAGGAGGCAAAUCUCCGAUAGAGGUUGCGAAUUACAUACAGAGGGUUUUGGGAGGAACCUUAGGUUUUGAGUGCACCAAUUUCACAAGAAAGGAUAAGUACGCAAUGCUUGCUGGUACUGACGGUAGGGUUCCGGUGAAGAAGGAGAAGACGUGAUUAUUGAUCGGAGGAUGGAGAAAACAAAGAAAUAAUACAAAGAUUGGAAUCUUUUUCAUUUGGAUGGUUAAUUAUCAAUACUUAAGGGGCAAAGAAUUGAUAAGUUUGUUUUUGUUGUUACCUUUAUCUUCUCUGCUUCGGUGAAUGUUUCUUCAAGUUUUACAUUUAGUACAAUAACGGUUUAAGAAAAGAAAGAAAAAAGUAUCGGUAUGUGAUUGUAUAUAACAUUCGUUAGAAAAUUAACUACGAGUAACAUAUUACUUUUCUUAUAAAACAUUUAGUGGAGAAAGUUUUUUUUAACUAUGACCGUUCCGUUUGUG